AUUCAAGCUGGCUUCUCCUGAAAGACCCCAGCUUAGCAGCAAUAACGCCAUUUUACAAGGCUGUACUUAAGAUGACUGGUUCAGAAAAAGGUUAGAACACUGAGUACACAGCGGCUGCCAAGCAGGAUGUGUUUGGUUGAAGGCCUGGCAACAGGAGGACUGCCGUUGAGCACCUGACAAUGAGAAAAGCCCCGGGAGAGGUCCCACACCCUGGUGGGGGGGCCGAGUCAGCCGUUAUGUUCCAAGAAGGUAGCUAAGAAACUUGCCCCCUGGCUGAACCCUUGGGGGGCCGAGUCAGUCCUUAUGUUUCAGGAAGGUAGCUAGGAAACUUGCCCCCGGGCUAAACCCUUGCCAUAUUAGAAUCCACCAAUUAUAUCCCUGUAACCAUGCAUCUGCUUCUGUAUGCUUGCUUCUGCUCCCCAAAAUCCUAUAAAAGCCCAUCCUUGGUUCCGUGGGGCGCGCCAGUCCCCCGAGUGACUGAAGCGCCCGCAGGUGCCUGUGCCUGUGUAUCCCGACAAUAAACCAAAUCCUCUUGCUGAUUGCAUCCUGUGGUGUCUCGGUCUGGUCUUUGGAGUUGGAGGGUCUCCAUCCCGAGGGAAAGUUCUCCCUGAGAGCUUUUCAUUUGGUGCGUUGGCCGGGAAUGGAGAUCCUCCACCCAGGGACCACCGACCACCCACUGGGAGGUAAGCCGGCCGGCGUCUGUCUGUCUGUCUGAUUUUGUCUCGUUCUGCCUUAUUCUGUCUGUUCUGUGAGCGCUCGGCCAGGUCUGUUCUGUGAGCGCUCAGCCAGGUUCUAUGAGCGCUCAGCCAGGUCUGUUCUGUGAGCGCUCAGCCAGGUCUGUUCUGUGAGCGCUCAGCCAGGUUGUUUGGAAUUUGGGCGGGACGAAGAAGGAGCUGACGAGCUCGGACUUCUCGACCCGCAGCCCUGGAAGACGUUCCAAGGGUGUUGGGGCCCGACUUUUCGGGGCCCAAUCUGGGAGAGGAGAAAGAUCCGGACUAACGGCACCUCUGUCUGUAUUUUUGGCUUUCAGAGGGCCCCGGACCUUUGCCACCUCCAUCUGACUUUUUGCUUUCAGUUUGGUACCAAAGCCGUGCAGCACGCCUGUCUGUUGUUUGUUUGACUGUUGGUGUUGUUUGUUUUCUCUGUGUUCUAAUCUUCCUUAGAACUAACAUGGGACAGUCCCUAACAACGCCCCUAAGUCUCACUCUUGAUCAUUGGAAAGACGUCCACAACCGGGCACACAACCAGUCCGUCGAGGUUAAAAAAAUAAAAAGGAAAAGGGCAGACUCUCUACACAUCCGAGUGGCCCACUUUCGGAGCAGGAUGGCCAGUGAAUGACACAUUUAAUAAGAUCAUUAUUUUACAGGUUAAAGAUCGGGUCGUCCACGGACAUCCUGACCAGGUUUCUUAUAUUAUCACUUGAGAGAGUCUCGCCUUAAACCCCCACCCGGGCGGAACCCUUCGUGGACCCGAAUUGGCCUCCCCUCAACCCCCAGCCUGUCCCCUCGGCCCCGCCCGGUCCGCCGGCCACGUCUUCCUCUCUCUACCUUUGUGAAAUCAGAGCCUUCUAAGAAACCUGUCCUCCCGGCAGACCCAAACUCCCCUCUCAUAGAUCUUCUCUCUGACAGGCCUGGCUAAAACGGAGGAGGCAGAGCCGCCGGCCAGAUCAGUUGCCGGGCCACAGUCUGAUAAGGGUUUCUCCCCUGUCGCAGGGAGAUUGCGCAAUAAGCGCGAGGUGAUGCCAGAUACAACCUCCCAGGCUUUCCCACUUAGACAGGGAACCAGUGGCCAGACCCAAUACUGGCCGUUUUCAGCAGCUGACAUUUACAAUUGGAAACAACACAACCCUUCUUUCUCCAAAGAUCCGGUGGCACUCACCGACCUAAUAGAAUCUGUUUUACUUACCCACCAGCCUACUUGGGAUGACUGCCAACAGCUCUUAUAGGCCCUCUUAACCUCAGAAAAAAAACAAAGAGUGUUCCUAGAGGCCAGAAAGCAUGUUCUGGGAGAUGAUGGGCGUCCCACCCAGCUGCCUGAGGACCAAACUGGGAUUUUAAUACAGCUGAAGGUAAGGGACACCUACGCCUUUAUCGCCAGUUGCUUCUAGCGGGUCUCCGAGGGGCUAUACGACGCCCUACUAAUUUGGCUCAGGUAAAACAGGUAUUACAGGAAGCAGGGGAAACUCCCUCCGCCUUUCUAGAGAGACUUAAGGAGGCCUACCGUAUGUACACUCCCUAUGACCCAGAUGACCCAGGACAAAUGACGAGUGUCUCUAUGUCCUUCAUCUGACAGGCUGCUCCAGAUAUCAAGACUAAGUUACAGAGGUUAGAAAAUUUACAGGGCUAUACAUUACAAGAUUUACUUAAAGAAGCUGAAAAGAUUUUUAAUAAGAAAGAGAUAAAAAAAAAAAGAAUUGAGUCGAAUCUUGGCCGCCGUAGUUCAGGGCCAAAAAAGGAAAGGAGAUAGGGGGGAGCUCGAAAGGGGCUGAAGCUGGAUAAAGAUCAAUGUGCCUAUUACAAAGAGAAAGGACACUGGGCCAGAGAGUGCCCCAAGAAGCCUGGCGGACCCCGAAAGCCUCGACCACGAACCUCCCUCUUGGCUCUAGAUAAAGAUUAGGGAGGUCAGGGCCAGGAGCCCCCCCUGAGCCCAGGGUAACGCUUAAAGUCGGGGGGCAGCCGGUUGCUUUCCUGAUAGACACAGGAGCCCAGCAUUCAGUCCUCACUCAAGCUUCAGGACAACUCAGCGACCGGAUGGCCUGGGUACAAGGAGCUACUGGUGAGAAACAAUACCGAUGGACUACGGACCGCCCGGUUCAGCUGGCUACUGGUAAGGUGACCCAUUCCUUCUUACAUGUUCCGGACUGCCCGUACCCUCUGCUGGGCCGUGACCUGCUCACCAAACUAAAAGCACAAAUUCAUUUUGAGGAAGGAGGGGCCCAAAUAACUGGCCCCCACGGAACUCCCCUUCAAGUUCUAACCCUACAACUAGAGGAUGAAUAUAGACUAUAUGAACCGGGACAGGACACUGGCUUGGGCAGAGACUGGUGGGAUGGGGUUGGCGCUCCAACAGCCCCCCUUAAUUACAACUCCAGUCUCCAUAAAACAAUACCCCCUGUCACAUGAAGCUUAUCAAGGUAUAAGGCCUCACAUUACGAGGCUUCUAGAUCAAGACAUCCUAAUCCCCUGCCGGUCGCCUUGGAAUACGCCUCUUCUGCCUGUUAAGAAACCCGGCACUAGAGAUUAUAGGCCAGUACAAGACUUGAGAGAGGUCAACAAGAGGGUAAAAGAUAUUCAUCCGACUGUUCCAAACCCUUACAAUUUGCUCAGUAACUGUUCAUCGAUGAGAAACAGGGGUAUGCUAAAGGGGUCCUAACACAAAGGUUGGGACCCUAAAAAUGCCCUGUGGCCUACCUGUCUAAGAAAUUGGACCCUGUGGCCUCCGGCUGGCCACCGUGCUUAAGUAUGGUGGCUGCUAUUGCUGUCCUGAUCAAGGACACUGGAAAAUUGACUUUGGGACAGCCACUCACCAUCCUAACACCCCACGCAGUGGAGGCCUUGGUAAAACAGCCCCCAGACCGCUGGCUCUCUAAUUCCCACAUGACCCACUACCAAGCCUUGUUACUGGAUGCAGAACAGGUUCAGUUUGGACCCGUAGUCGCCCUCAAUCCUGCCACCUUGCUUCCCCUACCAGAGGAGGCAGAACAGCAUGACUGCCUACAAAUCCUCACAGAAGUACAUAAAACCAGGCCGGACCUAUCGGACCAGCCUCUUCAGAAUGCUGACCACACAUGGUACACAGAUGACAACAGCUUCUUGGCAGAGGGAGAGCAAAAGGCUGGAGCUGCGGUCACUACGGAGGACAAAGUGAUUUGGGCGAAAGCCCUGCCUGCUGGUACCUCCGCACAACGGGCUGAACUCAUCGCCUUGACUCAGGCGCUCAAGAUGACAAAAGCGAUACAAAAGGUGACUGAGAGUUACAAAGCAUGCGCUCAGGUUAACCUGGGAAGGACCAUGAUUGGACAAGGAGUUCGUCCUAGGGGACACCGUCCCGACAUCCAUUGGGAAAUUGAUUUUACUGAAAUUAAACCAGAUAUAUAUGGAUACAAGUAUCUCCUAGUGUUUGUAGACACCUUCUCAAGAUGGGUCGAAGCCUUCCCCACAAAGCAUGAGACUACAAAAAUGGUCACCAAGAAGCUCCUCGAGGAAAUCUUUCCCAGCCCUUCUCUGAGGGCCCAUUUACAGGCCCUACAGAUUGUGCAGAGAGACGUCUGGAGACCUUUGGCCGCUGCUUACCAGGACAAGCUUGAGCAUCCGGUGGUGCCACACCCGUUCCAGAUUGGAGACACCGUGUGGGUGCACAGACACCAGACCAAGAAUCUCGAGCCACGGUGAAAAGGACCCUACACCGUCCUCCUGACUACCCCGACCGCCCUAAAGGUAGACGGAGUCUCGGCUUAGAUCCACACACCACACGUCAAGGCAGUCCGGUCUGAGGAAUUGACUAAUCACAACACUACACCCCAGACAUGGAGAGUUCAGCGCACUCCAAACCCCUUAAAGUUAAAACUCCUACGUGGCUCCUCCUAGCCCUUUUGUGGCCUAGAGUCAGUGGGGAAAUAAGCCCCCACCAGACAGAAAUUUCUUGACCAAGUCGAGUGAAAGAUUUCACUCAAAGUUAACAAAAAAAAAAAAAUGGGGGAAUGAAAGACCCCAGCUUAGCAGCAAUAACGCCAUUUUACAAGGCUGUACUUAAGAUGACUGGUUCAGAAAAAGGUUAGAACACUGAGUACACAGCGGCUGCCAAGCAGGAUGUGUUUGGUUGAAGGCCUGGCAACAGGAGGACUGCCGUUGAGCACCUGACAAUGAGAAAAGCCCCGGGAGAGGUCCCACACCCUGGUGGGGGGGCCGAGUCAGCCGUUAUGUUCCAAGAAGGUAGCUAAGAAACUUGCCCCCGGGCUGAACCCUUGGGGGGCCGAGUCAGUCCUUAUGUUUCAGGAAGGUAGCUAGGAAACUUGCCCCCGGGCUAAACCCUUGCCAUAUUAGAAUCCACCAAUUAUAUCCCUGUAACCAUGCAUCUGCUUCUGUAUGCUUGCUUCUGCUCCCCAAAAUCCUAUAAAAGCCCAUCCUUGGUUCCGUGGGGCGCGCCAGUCCCCCGAGUGACUGAAGCGCCCGCAGGUGCCUGUGCCUGUGUAUCCCGACAAUAAACCAAAUCCUCUUGCUGAUUGCAUCCUGUGGUGUCUCGGUCUGGUCUUUGGAGUUGGAGGGUCUCCAUCCCGAGGGAAAGUUCUCCCUGAGAGCUUUUCACUCCCUGCCUCCCACUUUCUGCUCUGAUUGGCCUCAAAUUUAUCUGUUUUUAUUCUUCUGGUUCUCGUUCUGUUUUCACUUGUGUCUAGCUUGUACUCUCUUCAAUCUGUCUCUGUGUAACUCUUGCGGUAAACUGUCUCCUCUCCCUUUUCUGUCUAUACAGCUCUCUUAAGUAGCUUCCCUUUCCUCUCUCCUCAUGGGAGUUGGGCAUAUCCUAUUCUGUCAAAUCUCUGAUUCCUCACUUUGCCUGCCACCCAAUUGGCCAUCACUUUCUUUUCUUUUUUUUUUUUUUUUUUCUUUUUCUUUUUUUCGGAGCUGGGGACCGAACCCAGGGCCUUGCGCCUGCUAGGCAAGCGCUCUACCACUGAGCUAAAUCCCCAACCCCCAUCACUUUCAAACAUGGGUGUUUCCUUCUACAAACUGACUUCAUUGCCUGGGAUUAAAGGUGUGUACUAAGUGUGUGUCCAUAUUCCAUCCAAAGGAAUUAAAGUUAUGUGCUAAGGGCUGAGUCACACCAUAGCUAGAAACAGUUUCUUUUUUCAAUAAAUAACACAAUAUCAGGGUUCACAGUGUGAUCAAAUAACAAGUGAGAGGUGACCCCUGUAUGACCCAUAAAGGGCUAUCAAUGGUGACUAGGUUUGUGACAAACUGCUGGUAUAUGUCAGAACUCCAUGGGUCUCGGGGACAGAUGUGAUUUGUUUUCUGCUAAGAGUCAGCACUGUUCCUGUUUGGGUGACAGAAGAUGGCAGUGGUCUACCAAGAUGCCAUGAGAUGCUAAAACAUAUCCAGAACCAAAGGCUGCUGCCCUCCUAGUUUAGGCUGACCACAGAGAGGAGGGACAUAGGAAUCAGAGCAGCAGUUUAUGGAGAUGGGUAGACCCCAGGUUUUCACACACACACAUACACACACACACACACACACACACACACACACACCACACACACACACACACACACACACACACACACACACACACACACACAGAGGUGUCAAAGAUCUGUUCAGAUGGAAGUCAGGACUUUCAUCCACCAAGUGUGACUCAGACUAAGGACACGUUCCACAGGGGACCUCAGUGAGCCUCACUGUCCAGGGGCUUGGUGGGUGCCACAGAGAUGGAGCACCCCAUGGCUCCCCCAUCUCCACAUGCUCCAAGUCACACUCAGGCAACCAGGGGUCCACUUGCCCAACCCCUGUUGCAGGUGUAAAUGGUGCCACACGGCCCUCAGCCUCAGCUGUGCAGAGACACUGCUGUCAGCGUGUCAGGGCUCUCAGGCAAGGUCUCCCUCAGCCUGACAGGACUCAGGCCCUUGUCCUGGAAUGUGCAGACAGAGCUCCCCCAGCUGAGGUUGCUCUUCGGCCCUGGCCACACUCCCUACCACACCAGGCAGCUUGAUGCGUUCAUCUGAGCAUCGUUUUAUUUUAUUUCAGUCAGGCAUCUCUAAUAUUCACCAUUGUUACCAUUCGAUUUCCUGUGGUGUUGGGGAUCGAUCCCAGGGCCUUCCGCUCCAGCAGCAAGCACCAGUGAGCCACCCUCAGCUCAUUCUCCUUACAGCUCGGUGCUGCGAGUCAUGCCUGGUGUGCAGCCACUACUGCAACCCCUCCACAGAUCACUGCAUCUGCUAAAAUGUCACUCUGAACCCCAGGAGAGUAGCUCCUCCUUCUGUCUUCUGCACCACCCCACACAGCUCAUUCUGCUUCUGUUUCUGUGACUUGACAGAGGGCAAUCGCACCCUAUCUUCCUGUGACUGACUUUAGACUUCAAGGCUCCCACACGUUCAGCAGGCGUCACACUAACUCUUUACAGACAAACCGUAGGAGUGAACGCUGCUCUCCCAGAACUCACUGGUCCUUCUCUGGCUUCAAUUACAGUAGAUAAUCAUGGUCCAAAAACUUUACAUGGAAAAUUCCAGAAAUGAGCAAUUUGCAACUUUUGAACGCUUCUAUUCGGAGGACUCUCACUAAAAUCUCUUGUAUUCUUCCCCAUCUGGCUCAUGUUGGGGACAAUAAGGGGGUGCCCUGUCCCACAUAUUCAUUAUUACAGACAUUCUAAGGAUCUCUGAUGGGUCUGGAGAGAUGGCUCAGUGGUUAGAGCACUGACUGCUCUUCCAGAGGUCCCGAGUACAAAUCCCAGCAACCACAUGGUGGCUCACAACCAUCUGUAAUGGGAUCUGAUGCCCUUGUCUGGUCCUUGUGCCCAAGAAGAAGGUGAUGGUGUCCUAUGUCCCAAUGCCCACUUUCUUCCCCUCAAUCCAGACCCUCUUUCGGCUUGCAUUAUCCCGUGGCAUCACACGUGGCAUUAUGGGAUACAAUGAGAAUCUUGAGAGGAUUCCACAUUUCGAGAACUUUCAGGGACGUAUGUUAUAAUUGUUAUUAGCUAUUGAUCUUUUAUGGCGCUUGAUUUAUAAAGUAAACAUCCUAGGUGCUGGGAAGAUGGCUCAGAGGUUAAGCAAGCUUACUGCUCUUCCAGAGGAUCCAAGAUCCAUCUCUUUUUUUUUCUUUUCUUUUCUUUCCGGAAGCUGGGGACCGAA